CAAUGCAGCAAUAUUAUUUGUGCAUGUAUCUCCUCCUUUUUGUCUCCUUCGCCACCCUCUCCCUCUUCAUCCUCUUUUACAAACACAAAUCCCGUUUCUCUAACCCAAAUCUUCCUCCGGGCAGGAUCGGCCUCCCAUUCAUCGGCGAGACCUUCCAAUUCAUAUCUUGCGGAUGGCGCGGUCAUCCGGAGAAGUUCAUCAUUGAGAGGGUGGCUGAGUUUUCCUCCAAAAUCUUCAAAACAAAUAUUAACCGUGAGCCUACAGCCGUCUUUUGCGGCCCGACGGGGAACAAGUUUUUGUUCUCCAAUGAAAACAAGCUUGUCAAUGCAACCUGGCCUAGCUAUUUCAACAAAAUCUUCCCUUUCGCGCUCGAAACCUCCAUCAAGGAUGAAUCAAAGAAAUUGCGCGGAUUGCUUCCUAAGUUCCUUAAACCCGAGUCCUUGCAGCGAUACGUUGGAGUCAUGGACAUGAUUGCACAAAAACACUUUGAAUCAUGUUGGGAAAAGAAAGAUGAAGUUUAUGUGCACCCCCUCGCGAAGUGGUACACAUUUUGGUUAGCUUGUAAGGUGUUUAUGAGUAUUGAUGAUCCUCAAUACAUUGUUAAACUGGUGGACUCAUUUAAUCUUUUGGUUGCCGGUUUAAUAUCUAUUCCAAUUGACAUGCCUGGAACGGCUUUUAAUCGUGCUAUUAAAGCAUCCAGGUAUAUUAGGACUGAAUUGUUGAAGGUAAUUAAGCAAAGAAAGAUUGAUUUGGCUGAAGGUAAAGCGUUGCCAAAUCAGGAUAUAUUGUCACACAUGAUGUUAACGUGCACUGAAGAUGGUCAGUACAUGAAGGAGUUGGAUAUUGUUGAUAAGAUUCUAGGGUUGUUGGUGGGAGGAUACGAUACUGCCAGUAUUUCAUGUACUUUCAUCGUCAAGUAUCUCGCGGAGCUGCCUCAUAUUUAUGCUAGAGUAUAUCAGGAGCAAAUGGAGGUUGCUAAAUGCAAAGCACCUGGAGAGUCAUUGAAUUGGGAGGAUCUUCAAAAAAUGAAAUAUUCAUGGAACGUAGCUUGUGAAGUAUUAAGACUCACACCACCUGUCCAAGGUACUUUCAGGGAAGCCAUCAAUGACUUUGUUUUCAACGGUUUCUUCAUCCCCAAAGGCUGGAAGUUGUAUUGGAGUGUGCACACAACACACAAACACCCCGAAUACUUCCCGGAACCCGAGAAAUUCGACCCGAGUAGAUUCGAAGGAGUUGGACCCGCUCCUUAUACAUAUGCUCCAUUUGGAGGAGGCCCAAGAAUGUGCCCAGGAAAAGAGUAUGCUCGACUGGAAAUACUUGUGUUCAUGCACAACCUUGUGAAAAGGUUCAAAUGGGAGAAAUUGGUUCCUGAUGAGAAGACUGUUGUUGAUCCAAUGCCAAGGCCUGUCCUUGGACUUCCAAUUCGCCUUUAUCCUCACAAUACUACUUGAAUUAUCUUUUAGUUUUUAUAUAUUUUUGUUUCAUCGUAAUUAAACGCAUGUAUUGUCUUUGUGUUUUUUUUUUUUUUUUCCGAGUGUACGUGUGAAUAAAUAAGACAAAUCCUAAUUAGCUACGUACUGGGAUUGUUUACUUUGUUAAACUAGUAAAUCAAAGGAAGUCAACUGAAGAAGCA